AUGGCCCUGAAGGGACAAGUGUUGUUCAAAGAUGUGUGUGUGACCUUCACUCAGAAGGAAUGGCAGUUGCUGGAUGCUGCCCAGAGGCGCCUGUACAGGGAGGUGAUGCUGGAGACCUACAGGCACCUGCAAGCCGUGGGCUGUAGUGUAACCAAACCUGAGCUGAUAUGCAAGUUGGAACAGGGAGAAGGUCCUUGGGAAUCUCCAGGUCGCAGCCUCUCAGUGAAGGCAAACCUCACUGAACACCAGAGGACUCAAACCGGAGAGAAACCGUACAAGUGCAGCGAGUGUGGGAAGUCGUUCUGCCAAAAAUCCGCCCUCAAGAUACACCAGAGAACCCACACAGGGGAGAAACCUUUCAAGUGUCCCGAGUGUGGGAAAACCUUCUGCGUGAAAUCAAACCUGACACAGCACCAAAGGACUCACACCGGGGAGAAGCCGUACAAAUGCAGCGAGUGCUGGCGAUCUUUCUGUGUCAAGUCCAACCUCGUCGUGCAUCAGAGAACCCACACAGGAGAGAAGCCCUACAAGUGUCCCGAGUGUGGGAAAACCUUCUAUGAGAAAUCUGCCCUCACCAAGCACGAGCGGAUUCACACCGGGGAAAAGCCCUACGAGUGCAGCGAAUGCAAGAAAAGCUUCAGCCAGAGGUCAGCCCUUACCAAGCAUCAGAGAAAAACUCACAAGAAGAAAGCAUCUUCCGGUAGCCUUCACGGGCAGACACCAGAACCGACCAGCGAAGCUCGCUGA